GCGGCAGCGGCUACGGCGGCAGCGGCUACGGCGGCAGCAGCGGCGGUGGCAGCGGUGCUGACACUUGGACAGCGGUUUGAGGACGUUGGUGGCAGCAAGAGUUGGAGGACUGGCAGAGGGCAAGGCACCAUGGCCUUUCCUCUGCGCCUCUUCCUCCUGCUCCUCCUGGCAGUGGCCCUGCCUGACAGGGCUGCCCAGGCUGCUCCCUGGCAAGCACAGAGAGCAGAUGGGAAUCAUGACAUGGAUUAUCCGGAAGUCUUGAUGAAUGACGGCUUGAAAUUCUUGGAGGAUGUUGGAGUCAUUGCAGGAAAGACCCUUGGUGAAGGUGAUGCAGCCUCUCGACUCACACCCAGGACUGAGGCUCUGGGAGGUGGUGAGGUUACAGGUGUGUCUGCAGGGAGGUCUUUCCCAGCUCCUGGGUUGGUUGCUGAACCCAAGCCUGACUCCCACCUCGGAGGUCCUUCGAGACAGAAGAUCCAAAAUACAGCAGACAAGAAAUCCCUGAAACGAUCUGAACUCCUACGGCAAAUGCUGAAGGAAAUGCAGCAGGGAGCACAAGAAAUGAAACGAGAGCCUGUGCAGCAGGAAACAUUUUCUGAAGAAAUCAGUGAUUCUGUGCCAGACUCUGCUGCAGGAAGAGAGGCCAUGCCAGGCACAGUCACACAAGAUAAUGUUCCUGGGAAGGCUUCUCCAUUAGCUUGGCUGCAUAAAGUUUUGAAGCCCUCUGCGCCUCCUACAGGGGUGUCUGCAGAGAGGACUUUCCCAGCUCCUUUGCUGAUUGGUGUGCAGAAGCCCCACUUCCAUCGCAGGGGUCUUCCGAGAGAGAAGGACAAACGUACAGGAGAGAAGGAAUCCCUGCAGUCAAAGGACAUCUGGAAACAAAGAGUGGAAGAAUUGCAGAAAGGGCCUGACAUGGACCUAGAGGUUCUGUGGAAGGCAGCAUUUCCUGGAGGAAGUGGUCGCUCAUCAGCAGCCUCUGAUGCCAGAAGGAAUGUGAUGCCACACACGAGUACAGGCCUAGACACAGGAGAUGAGCUUGCUCGGAAGGCUCCUCCAUUAGCCUGGCAGUAUGAAGUUUUGAAGCCUUCUGGGACGCCUGCAGUUGCAGGUGUGUCUGCAGAGAAGACUUCUCCAGCUCCUGGGCUGGAUGCUGCACACAAGCCAGGCUCCCAAGGCAGAGGAAAGACCAAACACACAUCAGACAAGAAAUCCCUGGAGCCAUUUGAAGUCAUGUGGCACAUGCUGAAGGAAAUGCAGCAGGGAGCACAAGAAGUGGAUGAAGAGGCUGUGCUGAAGGCGGCGUUACCCGGAGGAAGCAGUGGCUCAUUAGCAGCUUCUGCUGCAGGAAGGGAGGCCAUGCCAGGCACAGUCAUAGGAGAUUGGGAUAGUGACAUGGAUUAUCUGGAAGCCCUGGUGGAAGAUGGCUUGAAAUUCUUGGAGGAUGUUGGAGGAAAGCCUCUUGGUGAAGGUGAUGCAGCUUCUCGACCCACACCCAGGACUGAGGCUCUGGGAGGUGGUGAGGUUACAGGUGUGUCUGCAGGGAGGUCUUUCCCAGCUCCUGGGUUGGUUGCUGCACCCAAGCCUGACUCCCAUCGCAGGGUGGUGGACCAAAAGGCUAAGUACAAGAAGGCACUUCCCAGAGGAAGCAGUGGCUCGUUGGCAGCCUCUACUGCAGGAAAGAAGGCGAUGCCAGGCACAGGCCCAGACACAGGAGAUGAGCUUGCUUGGAAGGCUCCUCCAUUAGCCUGGCAGUAUGAAGUUUGGAAGCCUUCUGGGACGCCUGCAGUUGCAGGUGUGUCUGCAGAGAAGACUUCUCCAGCUCCUGGGCUGGAUGCUGCACACAAGCCAGGCUCCCAUGGCAGAGUUCCUCCAACAGGAAAGACCAAACACACAUCAGACAAGAAAUCCCUGGAGCCAUUUGAAGUCAUGUGGCAAAUGCUGAAGGAAAUGCAGCAGGGAGCACAAGUGGUGGACCAAAAGGCUAAGUACAAGAAGGCACUUCCCAGAGGAAGCAGUGGCUCGUUGGCAGCCUCUACUGCAGGAAAGAAGGCGAUGCCAGGCACAGGCCCAGACACAGGAGAUGCAAGCGGCACAACACGCGUUCCUGAUUCCCAAAAGGGCAUUGAAAGGGGUUUCUGUCAAGGAACACGCUGUUGGCUAGGGAUAACAGUAGGCCUGCUUGCUAUGGAGCUUAUCUUCAUGGGCUGCUUUGGAAUCUGCUAUGUCUGCAAGAGAAAACGGAGCACUUCUGGAAAGCAGCUGAAGGACAGUGGCUGCACUACACACCCGGGCAGCUUGAACAGCUCCUCUUCAGUAAUGAGGGCCUGGGCAGCUCUCUCAAGAGCUCUGAGAAGAGGACCCUGGAGCAGCCAUUGCAGAGAUGAAGGCAUCUUCCUAUAACCCUGUAGAUCUUGUCCCCAUGGGUAUCCCCAAGGUGCCUUCAGUCCCACUUUUGAUCUUCCUCUGCCCCGGCCUAGCCCAUUCCUUAGUUUUUGUAGAGACCCCAGGACCAGCCCAGCACCCUCCAGCCCCAGCUGAGACCUACAUGGCCCUUCCUCUGCCCCUGAGCCCCCUGGCCCUUCCCUCUAACCAGCACUGAAGGUGAGGCCAUCUGCCAGUGUAGGUGAUGGCCCCUUCAUCUGUUCCAAUAAAGAGAUGGAGCUGUUA